AGAAAGUAGCAACAAGCGAGAGCGCGGAGCUGACGUAUUAGCGCGGCGUCGCUGUCUGCUGUUGAACUUUCAAGGAACAAGCCAUGUGGAGUCUGGUUCCAGUGGAUCCAGGAGGAGGAGUAUCCUAUUAUAUUCUUCCUGAUCAGGAAUAUGUGGUUGGCAGAAAAAACUGUGCCAUACUACUCCAGAAUGACCAGUCAAUCAGUCGUGCCCAUGCUGUACUCUCUGUGAGCAGCCCCACUAGUAGCCAGAGCAUUCCAUCUUCGUCCUUAAUUCUAAAGGACAAUUCCAAAUAUGGAACUUUUCUGAAUGAUGAAAGACUGCCCUCUGACUCUCCCAGGUCUUUGCAGCCUGGAGACAGAAUAACAUUUGGUGUCUUUAACAGUAAGUUUAGAGUUGAACGUACAUCCUUUGUUGUAUGUUCUUCCUGCCUGGAAAAUCGGCCCAAGGCAACAUUGAGCAAGUCUAUCCAGAAACUUGGGGGCCGUAUUGUCAACAGCUGGACUGAGGAUUGCACACACCUGAUUAUGCCAUAUAUCAAAGUUACAAUCAAGACUAUAUGUGCUUUAAUUAGUUGCUGCCCAAUAGUGAAACCUGAAUAUUUCACUGCAUUUUUUAAUGCUGUGGAACACAAAGAGAAUCCCCCAAGCAUCGAAAGAUUUUACCCACCAUUAGGUGAACCUUGUUUGAAAUCAGAAGACAUUGAUUUCCAAGCAAAGCCACAGCGUAGAACCUUAUUUCAGGGAAUGACUUUUCUUUUUCUAAGUGAGAAACAGUACAAAAGGUUACAUUUACCUGUUACACUUGGGGGUGGUAAGGCCACACUUAUUGAAGAAGGAGAUAUUAACACAUCUUUAUUAGAGUCUGAAGGGACCUGUGUCAUCAGUGUUGAAGUAACAAAUUCUCAGAUUGUUUUGAGUUCUUCUGCAAGCGUAUGGAUUGAUUCUCUUACACAGAUAUUAAAAAGCAAAGGCUUACGACUUAUAGCUGAAUCCGAAAUUGGAUAUGCAGUGAUAUACUCAUCAACAGAGACCUACUGCAAUCCAUGUUGUCAGAUUGAUUCAGCAGAAUUCUCUGUUGCACAGAAAACCAUACCUGGUGCAUCAUUAUCUCAGAGUAUUGCCAUUGAUGAAACCAUAAUGCCUUCUACUUCAGUAAAUGUUACAACUUAUGUACCAGACACCGAGGUUUUACAAAUUCACACAAGAAUGGAAACAUCUGAUAUAAGGGAAGUAGAAGAAACACCAUUGAAGGAUAAUUCAGUUGCAUCUUUGUUGCAUAAUGGAUUGGAUAAAAAUAAUUCACACAGCUGUUCAACAUCAGGGGCUGCACCACCACUUUUCACUAGCCACUCUAUGUCACGAAAUAUGAAUUUAAGUGAUCAUACUGCUCACUCUAAAUCGUGCAGUACAGAACUAACAGGUUCCUCUUUACCAAGCUGCAGCAAAAAGAUAAUUGCACAGUCAAAUUCCCUUGAACAGGACAUUAAAUCUAUAGGCAAAAAAAGGAACAGAGAAGAAAAUGAUUCAGAUAACAAGCCUAUAGCUAAGCAUAUUCGAUCAGAGGACAACAAAGAGAAAUCAUUACCAUGUGUAUCUUCCCAAAAUAGAGACUGUGAAUUAAUAAUUCUGGAAUACCAUUCACUUUCAAAGGAUUGCCCUGAAAUACCUUUAACAAAAAAAAGCUGUGCUGAUAGAUCAGAAGCUAGUUGUGCCUCUUUUGCCACUUCACAGAUUAAAGGAAAUGAUGAAAAAGGGAAUGAGAAGCAAUUGUUAAACAAGAGAAAAGAAGUUAAAAGGUUGUUUGUUGACACUGAAAUGGAAGAUCUUGAAGAAAUCAUGUCUGAUGCCAUGGAACCACAUGAUGAAAGAAUAACACCCAUCAGUAAAAAAAUGAGAACAGAAUCAGGAAAAGCAGUUUUGAUUAAACAGGAGACACUUGACCCCUUAGAUCUUGGAAAUGCACCUGUGCAGCCAUUGACUGAUCAUUCCACCCAGACACUAAGAAGUUACACAGAAAAUGAUACAAAAAUCUUGAUGUGUCCUGAAAGAGACAUUGAAGCUCAUCCAGCGGCAAGUAUUUCCAUUCAGACACCAACAAAUAGUGCAGAAAUUGAUAAAAACAUACAUUUUCUAAAAAAAGACAGUGGAACUAGUUCACAGGUUCAUAUUAAAAAUGAAGAUAGUGAAGAAGUUCUUCGGAACCUCUUAUUGACUGAAUUUAAAUCUCUAGUCGUAAGACCAAAACAGUCUCCUGCAUGUUCAGCAACAUCUCGUCAAGCACACAUAAGGAACUUCAAAAAGUUCAAAAAGAUUCCUUUUCCCGGGUCAGUUGGGCUUCCCAACAUCAUUGGAGGAUCUGAUUUAGUGGCACAUCACACAAGAAAGAGUUCCGAACUGGAGGAGUGGUUACGUCAAGAAGCAGAGGAACAAAGUCAAUAUGCUAGAGAGGAAUCUCUUGCAGAUGAUCUUUUCAGGUAUAACCCCCGAGUUGCAAAAAGGAGAUAAGAAUUCUGAUUGCUUGCUGACACAUCACUGAUCAUCUUUACGGUAUUGAGGGGCUUCUUCAUUUCACUUCCUGAAUGGGUGCAGUGAACCAAAACAAAGUAAUAAGCAACAAGCAAUUUGUAAUUGAUAUCAUUAAGAGAUAUAUACCGUAAUCACAUAGAAAAUAUUGUUUUUUUCUAAGGGUUUUAUUGUUAAAAAUAAUAAAAAAAAAAAA